AUGUCAACAAUUUUUCGUACAAAAUAUUUGAGUGAGCAACAACUUUCUGGAUUUAAUAAAUAUAAAUAUGCUUGUAUAGAUAAUUCUCCAAUUUCUGUGUAUAUUUCACAUCCUUUUUGGAAUUGGAUUGUUGAGUUUUAUCCUCGUUGGUUACCUCCAAAUGUUUUAACUCUUGGUGGAUUUUUAAUUUUAAUUUCUUCUUUUAUUUUGGUGUCUAUUUAUGAUUAUAAUUUUAAUUCAAAUACUUUUGGUUUCAAACAAGAAGAAGCAAUUCCAAAUUGGAUUUGGUUAGUUUGUUCUAUUGCUACUUUUUUGGCUCAUUUACUUGAUGGAACUGAUGGAAAGCAGGCGAGAAGGACUGGAUCGAGUGGACCGACAGGAGAAUUGUUUGAUCAUGGAUUUGAUUCUUGGUCAACAGUUCCACUUACACUUACAAUUUUUUCUAUUUUUGGACGUGGUGAAUAUAGUAUAUCUCCAUAUACAAUGCUCUGUGUUUUAAUAUCGGUUCAACUUGUAUUUAUUUGUAGUCAUUGGGAAAAAUAUAAUACUGGAGUUUUGUUUUUGUCUUGGGGUUAUGAUGCUAGUCAAUAUGGACUUUGUAUUUUUCACCUUUUCGCCUUCUUUGCAAAUCCAAAAAUUUUUCAUUCUAAUUUGGUUGAAGGGCUAAGUCUUGCCUAUUUUAUUGCUACAACAUUUUUUAUUUCUUGUAUUCUUUCUUUGGCCAGUUGUUUGUAUAAUGUUUACCAUGCUUAUAUAAUUUCAAAAACGGGAGUACAGGAGACAGUUGGUUCUGGAUUAAAGCCUUUAAUCUCUCCAUUUCUUCUAUUUUCUUGUACAUUAAUUUGGGGUGCUUAUUCGCCAAAUAAAGUUUUGGAAUUGGAUCCGCGAGCCUUUUUUUGGACGAUGGGUGUUGUUUUUUCUAAUAUUGCGGCCCAUUUAAUUAUUGCCCAAAUGUCAUCAACCAAAGUUGCUGCUAUUACUACUCUUUUAAUUGUGUAUAUUUUAAUUGUUUUGUUAUCCUUGUUUGGAUUAUUUGCUUCUUUUGAAAUUUGGGUGCUUCGUGGUUCUGCUAUUUUAUUUACUCUUGCCCAUGUUAAUUAUGGAUGUUGUGUGAUAAAUCAACUUUGUGAUCAUUUCAAAAUUCAACCUCUUUCUCUCAACUACUUGGAGAAGCAAAAAUAA